AUGGACGACAAACCUCCUCCAAAGAAGAAGUCGCGCUUCUUCAGUAACGGCAAAAGCAAAGUCGGCAACAUCUUGCACCCAUUCAAAAAGCAGUCCCAAGCAGCGCAAGAGAUAUCCCCGGACAACAGCACUGAUGAUAGUCCUCAGUCCGCCACCAAUAACCCCCUGUUACUACCCAACAUCCAUACUCCUGUCGGUUUGCAAACGACGAAUCCAACUCUCACCCAGGCCGGUGUUGCGAACUCCGGCUUUGGUCUUUCAAGGUCAAUUCACCAAACCUCAAAGCCCCCUUCGCAUGGGUCUGCAGCCAGGACAGACCCCGCAGCCAAUGUUCAACAUCAAGGUGAUAGACAAGGCAAGCUACCACAGCCAGAUGCUACAGAGAGUGAAGUUGAAACAGACUUGGAAACAAGUUCUGGCUCUGAAGAUGAUCAGCAAGAACAAGAUGAGAGCGACCAAGAGAAUGUCAAACCAAACACCAAUCCGCAGUCCAACCAGGCUGUAUCUGGGUUGGAUCAAAUGAGCUCAAAACACAAGCGAAGAAAUGCCAUCUACGGUGUCGAGAAUCUCCUUCCACCUGGUUCACCCAGAUCGAAUACCAAUGGGCAACACGCUGCUCAGGGCUCAACGCCAAUCUCUGCCCCUGCUCCCCCGGGCCCCCUGGGAAAUAGCUACACUUUUGGCGGUGUCCCUACAAAUCCCUAUGUUAUCCCAGCUGGGGGACAAUACCCCUUCAACUUCCGCACCGCGCAGGUUGCACCCAUGCCUUCGACCGUGGAACGAGCUACAAGCGAUAGUCUACGGCACCCACUUGGCUCCGGCCUAGCACGAAUCGCGCAACAAACCGUCCAUCCAGAUACUGGUCCUCUCCGCCAGCAACAACGACCAGUACCAACAAAGCCCUCAAAUAAUGGCACUCCUGCUUAUGUGGACUUGGAUCGCGAUGAAUAUGGUCGUCGGCUCCGGAACUUCCCUUCGCGCAUGGCACGUCCUAUAGCCCAUCACGGCAUCUACGUGAGACCAACGAUCCACCCGCACCUCGGUUUGAAUCCAGAAUCGCUCGUUCCAGAAAACUUCCACACGGCUCCCAACCGGAUCGAACACGCCCAGGAAUUCGCUCGGCUAUCCCGUAAACGCAAACGACCUGAAGCAAUCCUUCCCCCUCAGUCCUAUGUCUACCAGCACACGGGUGACCCGAACUUCAACAUCUUCCACGGCUUCCUGCUGUACCCGGAACUCUGCUUCACACUCGCGGCACACCUCCCGGUCAAGGAUCUUGUCAGCUUAUACGCGAUCAGCAGGGACUUCCAUACGAUUCUGGACACGCGAUUCACCACGGUAAUCCUCUCGCAAGCGACAGCCAAAGCCCCAGAAAGCGCCCGUUGUUUCAUGUUCCGCAGCUACGCACACCUCUGCCGGUCCGACCCCGCCGCACGCAUUCCUCACCCAAACGCCCUUCUCGCGCUGCACAAGGUCCCUCGCCGAAUCCCGUCCUUCCGAUGGCUCAAGAUGAUUCUUCACCGCGAAAAGGUCAUCCACGAGAUCAUGACCGUGUUCGCGGAAGACGGCAUCCCUCUGCCCGCGAGGUGUGCGUUGGCGCUCAAGAGGCUGUGGUUCAUGCUGGACAUACCGGACAACGCCCGACGCAUUGGGUACUGUCACAACAGGGGCAUGAUGACGGAUCUAGACCUGUACUUUUCGGCGUGCUUCUUCAUGAAGCUGGACAUGAGGCUCAACGACCCGGUCUCCUGGGAGAAAAGAGACGGGAUGAGAAAGCUGCUGUUGGCUCAGCGCAGUUUCUUCACAAUCCUGCGGGUGCUGAAGCGCGACAUCUGGACGACCAGGUUCGACGCGCUGCGUGAGUGGGUCAAGUGCAAGUACACGCCGGCGCCGGACGAGGUGGGGUUGAGCAUUUUUGGGGUCCCACCGCAUCGGAUUGGUAAAGGCAGGCUGGAGUACUGGGGUUUGAAGGGUGCCCAGGCACUCGGUCGACAGCCUGAAGUUUUGCUGAGGCCGGAUCAGUUGAUCAUCCGCGAAGCGUUCCGGCGUGGGAUCCGCUUCGAAAAGCACUACCUCAGGUUCAUGCUCUACGGGUAUAUUCGGCCGGACACGCUGGAGGACUACGCCCCGCGCACGUACGGACGCAGGAUCGGCGAGAUCAAGGACGAUGAGUACGAGGUGGACGAUGUGGUCGGCGGAGUUGCCGCUCUUGGGGUGGAUGAUGAAGGGUUCGAUCCUCUGUUAGACCUUGGGCAACCACGACAGGUGAGUAGACUGACUAUUGUCAAGGAGGAGACCUCGAAGCGGGAGAUGGAGUUGCGCAAGGCUGAAGAGGAGCUGUUGAAGAAGUGUCAUGAGUGGUGGGAGCAUGAGCAGAAGCAAUUACGAGAGAGUCAGAAGCAAAAGCACGGUGGUGGUGGACGUGGCUGA